GGCUGACGUUUCGAUAUUACCUCGAACCACCCAACUUUGCAUUUAUUCAAUUACUUCAUCAUUUGUUUAAAAUUGAGCAAGACGAAGCCGGUAAACAAGAAAUAUUGGGAUGUUUUUGCUUUUAUAGACGAUUGAGUAAUUAGAGGUCUUUUGUAGUAAGCGGAUUCAGCUGCUUUUUAAAGUCCGAAAACUUAAGCAAAUUCUGCUUCUAGCACUUCUAUUUCAUCUCAUUUUGUUUUCUUUUUGGUCAUUUUACUCAUGAAGCUUAGGGUAUUUUGUGAAGAAUUUCCUAUCCGACAAUGGAUUCACACAGCCAGUUUUGGAUUGGUUGACACCACUGGUACCGUAGCGGACCUUUGCAAAACAAUCUGGGAAUGGAAUGAAGGUCCCCCAUUCUGGAAACUUCAGCUUUUAAAUGAAGGAUACGCUGUCCCCAUGACAGGAAUCUUGGCCCGUUACUUAAAGGAAGAUGCAAAGAUCCAACUAAUAGGACAGGAUUUACGUUCUAUAUGGAAACUAGAAAACUUUUCUACUUCUCCUUAUGAAUUCAUUUCUAGCGUUGGUCAACUUCCUGAAAAUACUGAACAAAUGCAUCAGGCAAACUUGGAGCAUCUCGUAUCAUGGAAGGAUGUAGAGAUGUGUUCAUAAAUUACGGGAUUAUAAAUUUAGUACUCGAGUUGGUUUAGAUAGCUGUUACACUAGCAAGAAGACAUAUGUUAAUUUUGGACAGCAAAAAAAGAAUUAAACCAGAGAACGGAUCUCUUCCAAUAUUACCGGUUAUGCAAAAUUCAACAGCAAGUUGGCAUAAUUUUAUUUUGCGAUGAAAACAUCUAUUCUUGAUUGACCACGGAGUCCAAUUUUUCACAUUGUUUUAUUAUUAAAAUGUAUAAAGACUCAAGCAUUACGAUGACAGCACUUACAAUGAAUUCUUUUUUCAACUUGGGCAAAGAUUUGUUUUAAAAAAAAACAUAGAUAGCAUCAAUUAGAAUACUUUGCAGCAAGAGAAAACGACUACCUAAACUUCAACUCUUUAAAAACAUCCUUUCCCUACAACAACUCGCAAGAGCACGUUUGUUUUCAACGUAAACAACCUAAUACAUAGACACAAGGGAAGAUUACAUUUUCAAGUCAGGUAAUCUAACGCAAAUUUUGAAGCUAUCGAAUCCAACCCGAACCGAUGCAAACGCAAAACGUAAAUUUUAUUGCUUACAAGCCUUCACCAAUGGUGACGGGGAACUCAAAGUUGACGGUCUUACCGGUGAGUUUGUGGUAGACGCUAGAGAAAGAGGACAACUUGUAGUCAACAGUGCUGGCUUCUCUGUUGUCAAGGAAGACCUUGAUGGACUUGCGGCCGUCAGUGCCUUGGCGGGUACGCUUACCGAUGAUAACGGUAGGGAAAACAAUGUCUUCAAGAAUGGCACUGUGAACAGAGGUCAAAGUACGAGAGCGAGGGCGCUUUUGACCAACACGGGACUUACGACCGGGCUUGGGCAAAAUACGACGUUGAGCGAUGAAAAUAACGUGACGGUCAGCAAACUUCUUCUCGAGCUCGCGGGUCAAACGAGCCUGGCACUUGUGGAAAGCGGCGAGAAGAGGCUGGGGCACGAAAACAACGAUUGCCUUCUUUCCAGCUCCAACUUCGACUUCACGAGCAGAAGUGAUUUGGAGAGGACGGAGCUCCUUGGCCAUGUCCUUAGAAGAGUUCUCUAAAUCAAAGAGACAUUGAGCAACAAGGAGGUCGGUUUCACUGGGCUGGGAGCUCGAACGCUUGACAAUCUUGUUGAGAGCAGACAUUGCUGUUGUGUAGAAAAGAAAAUGUUUCGACUCUCCCAUAUUCUCUUUUGUGACUGCUCUCUUCGGUUUGGGUAACACUGUCCAUCCCAUUUGGUACUGUUACUUGGUUGAUGGUAGCUGUAUUGGGUAAAUAGGACUUCCACAUAAUUUUUUUCUAGUAAAUUAUAACAAUGUCAUAUUAAAACUGAAAUUAUCAAAUUCCAAUAGCGCAAUUCAUUUUCCCAAUUUCUCCUAGGCUUUCCAAUUCAAGAUGCGUUUACCUGUCUAAAAAACAGUCACAUUUCACAACACAG